GCAAAUCAAGGCGCGUUCAGCAGCCAAGCGCCGUGGCCUCUGAUGGAGAGAGACUUCCGCUUGAGCCUUCGUUCGAGCAAGUUGGACAGAAUUGCUACCCCUUGGACAAGCACUAGAAGCAGAGAUGGUCAAGGAAGACCACACGCGUCAAUUGGCCCAAAGGUUCUGCUCGGUCGUCUGGGGCAAUCGUCGUGGCAUUGGGAUGAUGGCGAGGAGAGAUUGAAGCCUGACUGGACGAGGCAAGCACACGUAUUGUCGACUCGGUCGACUCGACCAGGGCAAAGCUUCUCUGCAAGGAAGUCAAUGAUGGCCACAAGUGUCGUGACGCCACGUUCUCUCUCAAGCCGCGCGACGUCAAGAGGCAGUGCUGGGAGCAUGGAUUCCAUGUUCAUGCCUGAAAAGAUGCAGGACGAAAACGUGGAUAAGAUUCAACAGGACGUGGAUCCUGAACCAACUGAACCAUUCAAGCCGCUGCAAACAUGGACCCGGCUUCGACAUCGAGAACUUGCGCCCAUGCCUGAUGUGGAAGCGCUUCUCGGCAUUGGGCCAGCGGUGUCAUUUGGGCACGGCUUGCUGUGGCCAGGAUGCUUCCAGCAAUAUGCCAUUGGCUGGAUGCCAGGGAUGAGCCUUUCAGGUGUCCACUUGAGCGCAGCUGAAUUGGGCAAACUUCUUCGAGAGCAACGGAUCAACUUGGAUUACAUGUCGCGCAGCCGGGUGUUGGAGCUAGCAGCAGGACGUGGGGCGCAAAGCAUCGAUUUCUUGGCCUUUUUGCAUUUGGUGGAGGAAACUGCAAGAAGCGCAACUUUUGCCGAGGACCUUCUCGCCAAUGAAGGGCCACGGCGGCCGAAGCCUGAACCACCUGAGGAGGCUGCCAUGGCUGUGGUGCGGGCUGUUUUCAACUCCUACGACUCCAGCAAGACUGGAGAGUUGAUGCGGCAAGACUACAUGCGGAUCUUGCGGGACCGCAACCAGGUGCCGCGCACAGCUGACGCAUUGAGGGACUUCACAAAGCACUUGGCUUUCUGCCGAGAGGAUGGAUUGCCGGGAUCCUUGGACUUCGUGGCCUUCAUGAGGUUCGUGGUGUUUCUGAGUGGAAAGUGACGCGGCCGCUGGAUCUACUGCAUGGAGCAAAGUACCCAUAUACAGAAAGCUGGCGAGGGCAGAUGCCUUCGCAGUAACCCAUCCAGCACGCACUGAGAGGUUGCAAUAAGCAGCCUCUCUGUGAAAAAGCACAAUGGGCAAUGCAAAAGAUGAAC